AUGGACAAUUCCCAGGCGCCACUGAUUUCGGGCGCGCAUCGUGACGAGGAGGAAGAAGAACUCGAAUAUGACGUCGAUGAGGCCCAGUACGUCGCAGAUGCCGACAAGGCUGCGGAUUCCGGCCCCAGCACCUUCGUCCUCGCCUUGACCUUUGCUGCCGGUAUAAGCGGCUUGUUGUUUGGAUAUGAUACGGGCGUCGUUUCCGCCACGCUCGUCUCCAUCGGCACCUCCCUCUCGAACCGCGAACUGACCUCGAUGGACAAGUCAAUCAUCACAUCGUCGACCUCCCUCUUCGCCCUGUUCAUCUCGCCCUUCUCCUCCGUCCUCGCCGACCGCUUCGGCCGCAAGCGCGUCAUCCUCUACGCCGACGUGCUCUUCACGACGGGCGCCCUGAUCCAAGCAUGGAGCUCGACUGUCAUCGGCAUGGUUGUUGGGCGAUGCAUCAUCGGUGCGGGCGUCGGCGCAGCGAGCUUCGUUGUCCCGCUGUACAUUUCCGAGGUGGCGCCCAGUUCGUACCGGGGGAGACUGGUGACGAUGAACUCGAUGUUUGUAACGGGCGGCCAAGUCGUUGCGUACGUCGUGGGGUGGUUGUUCUCGACGUUUGGGUCGGAGGGGACGGGGUGGAGGUGGAUGGUUGGCCUCGGUGCGCUGCCGGCUAUGAUACAGUGCGUGCUGAUCUUCUUCAUGCCCGAGACGCCGCGAUGGCUCGUCAAGGUUGGCCGGCCGGGCGAGGCUAAGGCCGUGAUCCAAAAGGUGAACGGUGGGGCAUCGAUGCACAUUGCCGACGCAGUGGUCAAGGAGAUUGAGCUGGAGGUGCGGGAGGAGUACGAGGCACAGCGACUGCGCGAGCACCAGACGUCCAGCCAGUGGAAGUGGUUGGGCGAAUGGCACAGCUUGAUCAGCGUAGGGAAGCACCGCCGGGCGUUGUCUAUCGCGUGUCUCCUCCAGGGCUUCCAGCAGCUUUGCGGUUUUAACUCAUUGAUGUACUUUUCAGCGACCAUCUUUACGAUUGUCGGGUUCAAGAGCCCAACUCUGACCUCGAUGGUGGUGGCCGUCACCAACUUUGCGUUUACGCUGGCUGCCUUGGUCCUGAUCGACCGCAUCGGCCGGAGGAGGAUCUUGCUCUACUCGAUCCCGUUUAUGAUCGCCGGUCUGUUGCUCUCGGCAUAUGGCUUCUCGUUCCUCACGCUGGGCCAGUCGUCAGACGUCAGCGACGACAAACCACCCGCCAACGCCGGCCACGAGCUCGCGGGUAUCACGGUGCUGGUGAGCAUCAUGGUGUACGUGGCAUCCUACGCGAUCGGCAUGGGCAACGUGCCGUGGAUGCAGAGCGAGCUGUUCCCGCUGGCGGUGCGGUCGCUGGGCAGCGGCGUGUCGACGGCGACCAACUGGGGCGCCAACUUUGUCGUCGGGCUGACGUUCCUGCCGAUGAUGGACGCCCUGACGCCGUCGUGGACGUUUGUGCUGUAUGCGCUGGUGUGCGUCGUCGGGUACGGGUUGAUCUGGCGCAUCUACCCCGAGACGUCGGGAUUGAGCCUGGAGGAGGCGACGGCGUUGUUGGAGAACGGGUGGGGAGUUCGAUGA